GGGGCGGUGUCCGUGGAAACUGACGUAUCCCGUCGGCCCUGGCGCCGGGGCGGAAGAAGGUGCGGAAGUGAUUCUCUGGCUCGCCUCGUCUCUACUCUCCUAUCCCGACUGACGUUGGACAACAAAGAUGGCUGCAGGAACCAGCAAUUACUGGGAAGAUCUCAGAAAACAAGCUCGACAGCUGGAAAAUGAACUUGACCUGAAACUAGUUUCCUUCAGUAAACUAUGUACAAGUUACAGUCACAGCGGUGCCCGAGAUGGAAGACGCGACAGGUAUAGUUCUGACACAACACCCCUUUUAAAUGGAUCAAGCCAAGAUAGAAUGUUUGAAACGAUGGCAAUUGAGAUUGAACAGCUUUUGGCAAGACUUACAGGGGUAAAUGAUAAAAUGGCAGAAUAUACCAACAGUGCGGGUGUCCCAUCUUUGAAUGCAGCACUGAUGCAUACGUUACAGAGACAUAGAGAUAUAUUGCAGGAUUAUACACAUGAAUUCCAUAAAACCAAAGCAAACUUUAUGGCAAUACGGGAAAGGGAAAAUUUGAUGGGAUCAGUACGAAAGGAUAUUGAGUCAUAUAAAAGUGGAUCUGGAGUAAACAACAGAAGAACUGAACUAUUUUUGAAAGAACAUGACCACCUUCGAAAUUCAGAUCGUCUGAUAGAAGAGACAAUAAGCAUUGCUAUGGCAACAAAAGAAAAUAUGACUUCACAGAGAGGAAUGCUGAAGUCAAUUCAGAGCAAAAUGAAUACUUUGGCCAAUCGUUUUCCUGCUGUGAACAGCCUGAUCCAGCGGAUCAAUCUUAGGAAGCGGCGAGACUCACUCAUCCUGGGUGGUGUCAUUGGUGUCUGUACCAUCCUAUUGCUGCUGUAUGCUUUCCAUUGAUGGAACAUCUCCAGGGACUCUUAACAACCACCACUUUCACACCCUGAUCUGGAAUAAGGAAAAGUAGGAAGGAGAAGUUGAUGCCCUGAUGAUUAUCCUGACCAGCAGGAUUAAUUCAAGACUGGUAGCGGUGGACUCUGCUGUGACAUGGUCAGGUUGAGCUGAAGCCACAGUUUUGCUGUGCUAUCUUUUCUAACACAUAUUUCCUUCUGUUUUUAGUUUAAAAAAAAAAAAAAAGUUUUCAGUUGCUUUUGUCUUCCUAAGAGGUAAGUAAACCAAUCAGAAACAGUUUCUGUGCUUCAGUAAUAGUGUCGAAGGCUGAUGACAAGCCAGGUCUUAUAUCUGGACUCUUCAGAAAACCAGGUUUCUCUAUAUCCAAAGACUGCUUUCCUUUCAGCCCCAGAUUGGGUUGUGAAUAAAAAUAGUUCUUCUCCUUUUAUUUUACACUCAUGAUGAGAAAUAACAAGUCAUUUCUUGAUAAGCUGUGCUACAAAUUUCUACUCUGAGUCCCUGUUUUGGUAUUCAAGGAAAAUUACAUUUUUCACAGAUUCUUUGAGAUGCCAACAGAUAACUUCAACAUAGUUGAGGUUGUCUGAAGCAGAAGACAAACACUGCAAAAAAAAGCUUUUUUUUUUUUCCUUCUUUUUGUAAAUUGUAUGCACACUGGGGUUAACUGUAUUACUGGAAAAGCAUCAAGAAUAACAGGCUUUUUUUCAGUCAUUGUUUUGAUUUUUUGCUUCUUCCAUAGGAUUAAUAUUUGCUAUUACAAGUAAAUGAAAUUUCAGUUCUACAGUGAUAAAAGUAGCUGAUAGCCAAUGUCUGUCAUCACCCCCACCUAUUCCUCAUGUCAGAAUCGACUCUUGAGUGAGGGGACUGGUCAGUUUUCAGUGAGAUCUAUUCAACAAGCCACAUGUAAAAAGACAUUGAGGGGUCACCGUCCAGAUAAUUCCAGUUGUAAAUGCUCCAUGAUCUAGGAGCAAAAGUUUAAGAACUACUGCCUGAUGUUCUAGAAAUUCUGGGUGUUAUGAAAACCUAUUCAUUCCAAAUCUGUUAAGCUUUUCCAAACAUCCAGAGAAUGCUUUUACUAUUGAAGGUGCGUGUGUCAGAAUCUCGCUAUGUCUGCAUCUGACUUCUACUACCGCCCCUGGACAGCGAUAGAAUUUUAAACCACCCACCCAAAUUCUUUUCAGGCUUACCGUUUCUCCAUUUCUGUACACGUAUGACUUACUUGUCCAACUGAACUACCACAGAUAGCUUGAAGACGUCAAUAUCUACACUCCUCACUAAGAAAGAAGGUUGCCCUUCACUGUUGGAAUGUUGACUAUGGUAUUUAUAGUGUUGGCUUCAGACUCUGCCACAGGGAAUAAAAGGAUAUUAGCAUGCAGUUCUUAACUACAUCACAGUAUAUGGGCGAUGACAUUCAGGUGAACUUAAUACACAGUAUACUAACCCCUGGUCUGAUAUAGAAACUGAGAGGUGUUUCCUUCUGGUGUCAAAGUUUUAUUACGUUCCGGGUGUGAAAGGCAUUUGAUAUAUAUUUUUUUUUAACUGUGAGGUUUAUUUUUCUAAAUAUGGGUUGAUUAAUAGGUUACUUGAUUGGGGAUGCCCUUAAAAGAAAGUUUUCCCAAUGUGGAUCAUAAAGGAUCAGAGAAGUUCAUUUAUUAAAUUCUGUGUUGGGAGAACAAAACUACUCUCCCCUGACAGUUUAUUAUUAUCUUUGAUUUUUCAAAGGGCCUUGAUUGGUGGUUGUGCCUCAGCUAGAAUUUAUGGGACUUCCAUUGCUAUAUGGUUGGCAUUUAUACAAUCUGAAGUAUCAUAAAUAAAGUUAUUUAUUUAAUUAUAUAACCAGUCUUUUUUACUGGUCUGAUUAUUUGGUACAUUCAUUAAUGCUGAUUGUGUGAGAGUAAACUGAGGGCCUGAGCUAAUUUAGCUUGCUGCACUAAACACUACUUUUUGAUGGCUGAUGAGCCUUUCUAUUAGGGUUAUGCUUAAAUGAAGUAAUAGAAUUAUGUUAUUUUCUUUAUGAAAAUUAACUAGUUUUUCCAAGCAACUUGAAAAAGCUUGGUGUGAGAUGUUGGUGUCAGGUAGGUCUGACUAACUGCCCAGUGCUGUAGCCCAUAGUGAGGUGACCCCGGGAUCAAAUGUAGAUAGUCAGGAUAGGGCUUGUCCUCUCCUCCUACAGUUCCUUCAUUCACAGAAAGAAAUCCUGGAAUAAGGAAGUAGAAGUGUGCCAUUUACAAGAAGAGGAUUUGAAUCCCAUGAUAGCAGAUUUGAACUCCUUCAGUUUUGUGCCAUUUAACUUUUUUUUUUUUUUUUAACCAUCUUUGUUUUCUCCCCUUUUUCUCCCCUUACAGACCUACUGCUAGGCUCAGGGGCCAACUGUAAGUUGCUUGUUACAGCCAAGAGGUCAGAAGGAAGUGGCCUCUUAGGGGAAAUUAUUCUCCCUCGGCCAUUGUCUUAUAUAAUAAUAAUAACGGAUCUUUCCUUUGGGAUCAUUUUGGUAACCAUUCAAAACUUUUCCCUUUCACUAAGAAGGCAAAACAAGGGAAAAAAUUCCCAAAAGUAUACUGAGAUUUUGUUUUAAUGUGUGUUGAUAACUUUAGUUAAAAAUGUUUAAUUUACUACUAAGUUCAAACCCAGAUAUCCAUAUGCUUCAGUUCAUCUGUCCUGGCGCCCUCUACAUUCUUUUAGAGUUUUUAAUGAUGCUGAAGGAUUCCCUAUAACCUGCAUUUCUCACCCUUAAUUUUUCUAGUGUUAGAAAAGGGCUUUCCUAUGUACCAAAAUCCCCUAUGUACCAAAAUCUACUUGUACAGAAUGCCUUUUUCCCUUCUGCAGAUCAGGCAUGGAAGUAAAAUCCUAAGAAUUGAAACAAGUGAAGAGAGGAGGCAUCACACGGGCACUUUUUGUACCUGAAACCAAAUAAUAUUUACUUUAGGUCUUUCCUACUGGAUGCUGAAUACAUCUAACUAGGACAGUGUACUUAUUGAGACUUUUGAUGUCAUGACUUUGGCCUCUGUGGAACUGAGGCACCCUGGACUUGCAUUCCCACCAUUGAUUGUCUAUUUCACUGUUAAUAAUCUCAGCCUGAUGAAAAGGACUUUAAAGAACUGGACUAACUUUUUUGGUUUUCUAAUACCUCAUGUUUGAUCAUUAGCCGGAUAUGAUUUCUUAAAAAUUGACCGAGUUCUCUAACUUGCUGCGGAGGUUAAAUGGACAUGUCUAGGAUUACACUAAAUGUGGCAAAUGUAACUAAAGCACAAAUGGAUUCCACUCAGAAAAGUAAAAUGAUUGUGCUCCAUUCUCCUUUUGGGUUAGAGGUGGUUUAGCCUGAUCUCUGUACAGAUGCAGAGCUUUUCAUCAUGGUCUUUAUAAACCAAUCUCGUUAUUCUUUCUUUUUUUUUUUUUUUUUCGUUAUUCUUUUAUAAACUUGCAUACUCUUAAGCUUCUCUGGGAAAAAAUAAGGACUAAGUAACUCUGAAGGAUGUUUAUUGGAUAAAAAGCUGAGAUAUAGCUGAGCCAUGUCUUGAGGGAUCUUUCUUAUUUUCUUUGUACCUAACGUCUCUCUUUAGUAUAAGAGUAUUUGCAUCUGUUCCCAUCCUGUUAGUUCUGAGAGAGGAAGGGAAGUCAUUUCCAGUCACACUUUACCAGGAUGAGAGAUGUCUCCUCAUGAAAAAAUGCCAAUACAGAUUUUUUAAAAAUCUAUUCCAAAUGCACUUUCUAAUUUUUUUGCUUUUAAAAUGGCUUCUGGAACCAGAUUUAUUGUAUUUGUACUUAAUUUUUGUUGUCAUCUAAAUGUGCAUUUUCUGACUGUAUAGAAGCUUUGUUAUGUAAUUUAAUAAUAAAUUAGAAAUCUAAA